UUUCUGAGUAAAUAAUCUAUGAUGAAUUUUUGUUCUGUCUCUGUCCUCUGUGGAUUUUUACGCCAAUAUGGCGGUAAUAUAGUUUUCAAAUCUUUUGUAAGUACCUACCUACUAAAAUGUAAGAAAUAAACAUAAGAAGCAUUAAUGAGCUGCGGAAAUUGUGACCUAAGUCCAACUGUUAUACUUAAUCCUAAUGUGAAUUAAGUACUUAGUGAACUACAGUGCUAUAUUACAAGUGGUAACUAUUUUAACAAAUUUGUACAAAGUUGUUGAAUUAUUUCGAAAUGGCAUCAAAUUACGAGAAAACGAAGACUCAGCUGGUAGCUAUAUAUAAAUUAGAGUUUUAUAAAAACAAAAAGAACUGGAAGCUGUUCGAGAAGGCAAAGAGAGAAGAGAAUUCACAUUCGCGGUCACAGACACCAAAAAGCAAAUUAUGUGAUUGCAGCAAAUUGAACCAGACUUAUAAUGUGGAGGAGGUGCACUCAGACCCAGCAUAUGAUACGGAACAGUCACCGCUAAAUAAAGCCUUCCUGCAUGAGGAACUUGGUGGGACAGAAGAUGAGGCAGCUUCAGAAGUGCUACCAGCUGACUUUGACCUCCCAGAGCCAGCCACGCAGUGCCUGUUCCAGCACCAGUGGGGAGACCAGCACUGGUUGGACAGCAAGGCUGAAAGCAUGUGGCGGGACAUACAACAGCAGGAAUGGUGCGGGGUGCAGGCUGAAGGUAUGCCGGAGGAGCUCGCGUACGACCAGUGCGACGGACCCUACCAUCACGACCUCUGGGCACCAGUAUGCGAGGUGACCCAGCCCGCCCUCCUGCUACCGCAAAUCCCGCAGAUCCCGCAGCUUCCUGCCGCAGAGCUACUUCGCGCCGCGGACUGCUGUCUACAGGAAACUUUCGGGACGCCCAGUGAACUGCACGACUCCUUGGACGAGAGUGCGGAGUUCAUACGCGGGGCACACGCCGCGCCGCACUCCUCCGAGCUGGAACUGAGGGACUGCAGUCACGAGUGUGUAUGUGUCCAAGACCUAUGCUGGCGACUGUCAGGCGCGCAGCUGCAGCGUGCCCUGCGAGUACACCGCGCCGCACUGGCCGCGCUACUGCACGAGGCGGCUCGCAGGGGGGGACACUUUUCUACUCCAUUGUCGCAGCCAACGGUCCCCCUAGACGUGCCAGUCCGCGACACGGACCCGCUGGCCCCCGACCCCAUACUGGCGGGGUCGCACCGCGCCGGCAGGGGGCGCGGCCGGCUCAACCAGCUCGAUAACAACAUUAUUAGCAUUGGACGCGGACGGGCGUACCGGCUGUAACUGUUAACGAAAUGCUUCAUUUCUUUCAUCAUUAUAUCAGCGGGAAUACUUCUAUUUUAGAACAUAAUCCCCACGUAUGGCAUAAUCACAACGUUAACCAUAAUUCCCACGAUUGAAAAAUGCCCAUGAUUGUCAUAAUCA